AUGCUUUCGUUUUGCGUUUCCUCGCUGUUAUUAGUGUGCCUUUUUGCAAACAAUUACAAUGGCUGUGCAGCGAAGACCAACUGGGAGGCAACGCCAUUGUCGAUUGGAAGCAACACCACAAAUCCCAGUGCCAUGGACAUGAAUUUGCGAAUUGAGCGCAUUUCGAGGUCGGAAUUCGGCUUUUCGGGCACAUUCUUCUGGAAUAUUGAUAUGGACGAUAGUGUGAUGGUGGAGAUGCGGGUACUGAGCAGUUACUCCGGUCAUGAGUCUGAUUACAAACUGACUCCUAUGUCCAUACCACCGCAGAAAUUCACCGAAUAUAUCAACACCUUUUACAAGGACUUGUUGAUGCCGAACUUGGGAAAUUGCACCGAUUUGCCGGUCUAUGAAACUGAAUUUGUACCACCAUGGCCAAAGACGACCUUCAAUUUCACCCGCUGCGCUCUGAACGGCAAAGGAUUGCCGGAUAUUUUGGCAGAAGGCUACUAUAAAGCCGAAGCCAUCAUCACCGCCCUACCAAAUGUGGAAUUCACCGUUGCCGCCAUUCUGCGGAUCAGAACAAAAAUGUUCUAAAUACCCGAGAAUUAAAUCGCAGAACAUCUUCCACUCUAUUGCCAACUGUUUUUGCUGUUGGGCAUUUCCGAGGUGUGGGCCGAAUUCCAGCUGCGGCGAGAUCGUCAUAAAAUCCGCCCGACUCAGGGCCAAUAAAUGAACC